AUUGACAUCAUGCAUAUUCAUAGUGAAAAGUCGGACACACCAGGGCCCCUGCCCUAACCAGUUCAAGUGUAUUUGUUUCAGGGACAGAGGAGGUAGCAUUUAAAGGAUUUUGCCACCAUCAACAAAAAAGGGCAACAGAGGUUGUCUUUUUCUCUUUUGCCUCUUAAUAUCUCUCUCUCCCUCUCCACUCUCUCACUCCCUCUUUCCCCAGAGGAUAAGCAAAGAGGGAUUUGCCUCAGAAGCAACAAGUGCAUAUCUCCUUCCUGCAUAGUCACAGCGUGUGUCAGGAUGUACAGCUUUAUGGGCGGUGGCCUGUUCUGUGCCAUUAUUGGGAACAUCCUGAUAGUGGUUUCCACAGCGACAGACUAUUGGAUGCAGUAUCGCCUCUCAGGCAGCUAUGCCCACCAGGGCCUGUGGAGGUACUGCAUGGCCAACAAAUGCUACAUUCAGACAGCAAGUAUAGGUGCUCCCAAAGUUGUACCCCUGGCAUCUGAGAUUACAGGAGCUGUACUCUGGUUCGUUCAAGCAUACUGGAAUGCCACACGGGCAUUCAUGAUCCUAUCGGGAAUGGCGUGCUUUGCGGGCAUCAUGGCAGGCAUCCUCUCAUUUGCCCAUUUUUCUGCCUUUGAGAGAUUCAGUCGUUCCUUUGCAACAGGAAUCAUGCUUUUCAUCUCCACUCUGUUUGUGCUGCUGGCUAUGGCUAUCUACACUGGUGUAACCCUAAGCUUCCUGGGCAAGCGUUUCGGAGACUGGUGCUUCUCCUGGUCCUACAUACUGGGAUGGGUGGCCAUGCUCAUGACCUUCUUUGCAGGGAUAUUAUACAUGUGUGCCCACAGAUUGUAUGAAUCCAGGAGAGUGGUUGGAAGUCGCUAACCUAAAGAAGAUAAAACUGCAAGAAGCAAAAAUAUACUGACAAAUUAAUAGUUUAAAACAGCAUUAAAGGUUGUUUUUUACACAUGCACAUAUAUUUGUAUAAUUCUGCACAGAUAAAUAUACCAGUCUUCACAAAUGUUUAUUUCACUGUUCACAUUUUUUUUUCAAUA